AUGGCGCGCGCUGCUCGAGUCCUGCUUGUGCGGCAUGGCGAAACGAACGAAAAUGUAUUAGGGAUUAUCCAAGGCCAAAAGGACACAUUGCUGAAUGCCAAGGGGCUUGAACAAGCCGAAAUGACGGGCGUGGCGCUACAGAAAGAGCAUAUUACGCGAAUUGUGUGCAGCCCAUUGCAACGCGCUCUUCAUACUGCACGCGCAAUCUCAAAGCAUCAUCCCAACGUUCCGCUCGUGAUAGACCCGCGUCUGAUGGAGCGUCAUUUCGGCGUGCUGGAGGGUGUCCAGUACAAUGGCCCAAGAGAGAAGCCAGAGAACACAGAGGGCAUUGAAAGCUCCGCCAGCGUCACCAAACGUCUUGCGCACUUUUGGGACGACUUGCGGCGUGAAAUGGGGCCAAACGGGUCAGGGACGAUUUUGCUGGUCAGUCAUGGCGCGGCGCUGAGCUCCUUGGUCAACACGGUGAUGCUUGCCAAUGGACAUGCGACGUGUAGCGAAACUACGAAACCAUCGCGGUUUUGGAAUUGCAGUAUCUCUGAGGUUGAUAUGAGCACUUUUCCUGCCCAGAUCGUGCGCUGGGCGGAUGUGUCGCACCUUUCCGACGCGCCGCAGUCGCUCAACGUGGACGAGGCAGUGUAG